CAAGCGUGUAGUUGUAAAAUAUGCCGGAGUAGUGCUGCUUCAGUGAUAUUCUGUGCCGUGGAUAAUUGCGCACACUUACAAUAAGGACUGUGUGAAAAUGAUGAUGAUGGACAUAAGUAUGUACGGUCACCACAAUCAACACAGUGCGGCUUACAAUUCUACGGAUUCUAACUAUUAUAAUUACUCAAGUGAACUUAACCAUUCCGGUUCCCAUCACCAAUUUCAGACCCAUUAUGCCCCUAAUUACCAUUAUGAAGAGCCGUCAUACCUGUACGGAGCCACUGUUACAGAUACUGCGGAUACACCUCCUUCUCCUCAAGAUCUUAAUUAUUAUCACCCACAGCAAAUGCAAGAGAAUCCAAUUAUCAAUACCGAUACAGGAUUAAGUUACACUAAUCUGGAUUACGCUAAUUCGAACAGUAAUACCAUUUAUCACCAUCAAAAUAACUACAACGAAAACUACAGAACCCAUCCAUCAGAUAUUCUUAUCCAGCAUCACGAAGAAGGCUCUGAUAAUCACCACUUGCACCACAGUUAUUCGCACGAGAACAAAUAUCACAAUCACCAAGUAGAACUUGAUGGUAAUUACCACCAUUCCCAUCUAAUGGCACCGAAUGCACCGCCUAAUGCUUGUAUGGAGUUCCAGCAUCUUCAAAGGUAUAAAGAAGAACUGUUACAGGGACCAGAAGGACAUAGACUCCGCCAACAUCACGCUAUGCAUGGUAUAAACGCAGUUCCCCAACCCCAACCCGUUUUGCCAACUUACAAAUGGAUGCAAGUGAAGAGAAAUGUUCCCAAACCAGCGGCCCCGAAAAUUCCAACUUCCACGAUGGCGGAAUACCCGGCCACUUCCCCAAAUAAUCCCAGCAUGGACUCUCAAAACCCUGCGUCGAGAAGCUCGUGUUUAGGUUCCAAUGCGUCCAGCCUACUAAGCCUAAACUGCCUCAAUACCGGCAGGACAAAUUUUACGAACAAACAACUUACAGAAUUAGAAAAGGAAUUCCAUUUCAACAAAUACCUAACGAGAGCUAGACGCAUCGAAAUCGCUUCAGCGUUACAACUGAACGAGACCCAAGUGAAGAUAUGGUUCCAGAAUAGACGAAUGAAACAGAAAAAGAGAAUGAAGGAGGGACUAAUUCCGCCAGAACCAAUUUUAAAUUCGGGAAGUAACAGUAACUCACCCACGUCCACCAAUGCACUGCAGAAUGAGUCUGUAGCUGGUAGUAAUGAAAACAGUCGAGAAUCAAAUUAAACCAUUUUAGGACACUGUAAAAACAGAUUGUAGUUUGAUUGUAAUUGGCGAAUUGUUUUAUAAUAUCUCGAAAUAAACUAAAAAAAACACAGUUAAAGAAAUUAUAGGUUAGAUUUACAAAAACAGUCAACUUUAUCAAUUUCUAACAAUUUUAAUAAGUAAACAGUUUUUAUUGACGUUUGUAUCCUAAUAAGUAAGGUACAGAGAAACAAAAGUAAACAACGUUUGAAGUACAAGAAAUUGAGUACAAUUUAUCUAAAUAUCGACAUAUACUUCCUAUGUUGCCAUCUUUAUACGUAAAUUGACUUUCAUGAUGAACUAAAUUGUCCUUUAAAUUUAAAGUCAACUUUAGUAUGUUUGUGAAACCCGACGUAAGUAUUUUAAUAAGCAGGACCAUAUUUACCCACAGGCGCAUUAGGCGCAAAAUGGGAACUCAGUCUCUCUAGAGAGCCUCAUUUUAAAACUUUACAAUAUAGGAUGUAAUUUUCAAUGUAUCGAAUGUUGCAUAAAACACUCCAAUUCGAGCAAAAAAACAAUUUGAUAUAACCAGGGCGUAUAGGGAGAAUCGCACUGUCUACAUGUCAAAAUAAUAAGAAAAAACUCGAAUGUUGUUAUGCGAUUUUUAUUUGUUUUCAAGCUUUCACGUACAUUUCAAUAAAAAUAAAUACAUAUAUUGAUACUCUAUUAACCAUAACAUUCUUUGAUUAAAUGUUCAAAAACACCACCACCUCUAAACACUUUCUGCUUUGCUUCAUCUACGAAGGACCUCUGUAGCUCUCCUCUUUGCUGCAUGUCUUUCUAGUCUAGUUCUAGAUCUCCAGACCUAUGUUGUGAGGUCUGAAGAUCUUGGAGGCCAACUAAUAGGACCACCGAGGCCAAUCCAACACCCUGGAACCCUCUUAUUCAAAUCUAGCUUGACUAGAUGAGUGAAAUGUGCAGGAGCUCCAUCGUGCUAGUGGUAGAUUAGCAUUCUCAUCUUUAUAGGAACAUCCUCUACUAGUAGGUACUUGUAAUUCAUUUUGUAAAAAAAUUAAGUAGUGGUCUCCUGUGAGUAGAUUCUCCGAAAUUAAAGAGCCAAUUAUCCAACUAGAGGUCAUACCACAGCCAACUAUCAAUCAUACCGCACCACAAGUUUACCGAAAACCUAUGCUUCAUCUGUAAAAAGUAUGCGGGAUACAAGAUGAUUAUUAUUAUUGACUCGACAAAACUCGAUACGUUUAGUGAUCUUCCGGUUGUAGGUGUUGUACCCUCUGUACAUGGCAUACCAUAGGCCAUAGCCUUCGCAGGGUUUUUAUUAGUCUUUUUUGUAGAAUGUCCAAUUGAGUAGAAAUUCUUCGUGAGCUGGUGCAUCAUCUUCUAAUAGACCGAUAAUAUUUUCUACUUCCUCUUUCUGAUUUCGCACAGUUUGUUGAAAACCCUGAUGAAUACAUUUUUAUCAUGACAUCUGUGAUAUGAAAAUCGUUGACAAUAUUCUUUAAUAGCAACAUUACAAAAUUUGAAUAUGUUCUUGGCAUUUUGUAACACCUUAAUCGUACAAACGUGUAAGCAAAUAUGAAACUAUUGCAACAUAAAAUAACACUGAUAAACAUCCUACUUUUGAAUUUGGAACAUGAUAUACUCUGAUUUCAAAAUUUUAAAAUUUGUGUUAUGUUAUAACUUGAAAACAAAUGAAAAUCUCAUAACGUUCGAGUUUUUUCUUAUUAUUUUAACGUGUAAAAUCCAUUCCUAUAUGCAUCCCUAUAUCCUUCAAAUCAAAUCAGUUUUGAUAGCUUCCUUAUUACUAUCUUAAAUGAACGUUUUUAGAAGUUUCUGCCUAUACUACCCUUCACUUUAUCUGAGUCUAGAGUUAAUAACAGAUACUAGACGUAAAUUAAAUUUCCAAAAUUUUAUUUAUUUUUAGGAUCCCGCAAGUUUUUGCAGCCUAUUAUUUUCUUUCAAAAUUUGGUAACUCGAGGGUCAAACGGAAUGUAAACGGAAUCAGAUAAUUUAAAGCAUUGACUGGAUAUUCAGAGAUUCUGGUUAUGUUCUCGUUUUUUUUUAAGAUUUAAGUACUUUAAAAUAAAAAUUUUAAUAAAAAAUAUAGGUACUUUCCAAAUGCUCUAUGAAUUUUCUUUGAGUAUAAUAAACUUUUUAACAUGUUUGUCGGUUUUAAACUUUUUUAUAAUUUGACGACGAAAUGUCUAACAAAAGUUACACCACUUUUGGUAGUACAUCUGUCAACAAUAUAUGGAAUGCAGUGUUUGGCCUAAGCACUACCCAACUUGCAUUUUUUUAAUGGAAAACGCAUUAUUGCAUUUUCAAAUACCUCGCUCAAUAUUACGAAUGAAUUGGUACCGUAUUUAAUCCUUAGCUUUGUUUUUGCCAUUGUUCAACUGUUUUCGAACAAUGUCCAAUUUGAGACACUUCUGACUGAAGAGAGAUAAAAAAACAACAUUAUUUUACUAGUGUAACUGUAAAAGAUGCAGCCUUUUCGACAAAAUCAAGUCUAUGUGCGAUAAUAUUUUUCAUCAACCGAAUACUUAAUUGCAAUCUGUUUUUACAUUUUAUUUCUGUAUUUAUCGCCAAAGAAGUACGUGUAGUUUCGAGGAAAAAGCUUUAGAACAAAUUAUUCCUUAGUGAUUGUAAAAAGAAACCUAAUGUAAAACAAAUUAAUUUACUUAGGUAAUAUUUAUUUAUUUUUAUUUAAAAGUAUAAGUUAACGAGAACAGAAGUAUAUGUAAAUAUAAUAAAAGUCAUAUAAUAUACUGAGAUUAUUUCCACAAGAAAUUAGACAUUCUUUAUACAAUAAUUUGUUAAAAACUUAUAUGUUUAAAACUAUGUAAGAAAUUAAACUUAGCACUAUAUUUAUAGAUACAUUUUAUGUGAUUGAUAUUUUUAGUAAUUAAUGAUUACGUACUUAUAAGUUGUAUAAAUAUGUACAUAUUUCUAACCGUUAGAUUAAGUUGCUCAGGGACUGUAAUGUACUUAUCGAUUAAUAAACUAAAAUCCUAAUGUCUCUAUAUUCAGUAUUUUUACUCAAAAUGCUUCAAGUCGUAUUAGAAGUUAAUGAUCUUCUACACAAACUUGUGAAAUGUAUCUAAAAUUGAAAUCCGAAUAAAAAAUGUGAUUCAUCAUUAUUUUCUUUGUUCGAUAGUCUCACAAUA